CUCGAAUUUGGAAGGAAGAAGACGACGCCCCAAGGAUUCUGCUCUUUCUAUUUGUGUAUUUUUGUUGGCGCCAUCAAUUUUCAGUGCACGUAACUUGAAUAGAGAACAACAAUGGCGGAAGCAGCUACAGGUAACAGUGGGAGAGGGGCGGAGCCGUCGCUGAAAGACAAGGGCAAUGAGUUUUUUAAAGCAGGGAACUAUCUCAAAGCUGCUGCACUUUACACACAAGCUAUCAAACUAGACCCUUCGAAUCAUGCUCUUUAUAGCAACCGUGCUGCUGCAUUUCUGCAUCUAGUUAAGCUUAACAAAGCACUUGCGGAUGCUGAGAUGACGAUUACAUUGAGCCCACAGUGGGAAAAGGGAUAUUUCAGAAAGGGAUGCGUAUUGGAAGCAAUGGAAAAAUAUGAUGAUGCCUUGUCUGCAUUUCAAGUGGCCUUGCAAUACAAUCCACAAAGUGCAGAAGUCUCAAGAAAGAUUAAAAGGAUUUCACAAUUAGUGAAAGAUAAAAAGAGGGCUCAAGAAGUGGAGAAAAAGAGAUCAAAUAUAGAUAUGACAAAGCACUUGGAUAAACUGAAAUCUGAACUGUCUGAAAAAUAUGGCUCUGAAGAAUGCUGGAAAGACAUAUUUUCUUUUCUUGUUGAGACUAUGGAGGCUGCAGUGAGAUCAUGGCAUGAAACUUCUAAUGUGGAUGCUAAAGUGUUCUAUCUACUUGAUAAGGAAAAGACAGAUACUGAAAAAUAUGCUCCGAUCGUAAACAUUGAUAAGGCAUUUGAAUCACCCCACACGCAUACUAAUUGCUUUCAAUUUUUAAGGAAAUAUGCCGAGGAUUCAGUCUCUCGAGCAGCAUGCUUAGUAACUCCUAAAAGCUUGAUAUCUUACCCACAGGUCUGGAAAGGACAAGGUUCAAGAAAAUGGAAGCAUGGACAACACGAUGGUUUCUUCGUUCAACUUGAAACCCCUUCUUUAAGAAAGCUAUGGUUUGUUCCUAGUUCCAAUGAACUGGGACGACCAGUGUGCCGGGAUCCUGAGGUUCUGGAUAUCGGUGCACACGAGUUACUGCCACGCAUAUUUAUAGAAAAGCUGCCUAGCACUUAGAUCCAUUACAGCCAGAAUUAGUUUGUAAAAUCGAAAGGAUCGCCGUUUUCUGGUUGCUAAAGAUGGAUCAUCCUUCCCCAUAACAUGGUAUGUUCUUGUUUUUCAGAACAUAUUUGCAGUUUGUCAUUGUCAAUGGCUGUUCUCUUAUUGAUUAGCAAAAGAAUGAAGAUGAAUCCCUUUCUUU